AGAUCACUACAUUACCGGUAUUCUUCUAAACUGUGAAUAUUCGGAUUUUGAGGUUUUGACUAUUUAUAUUUAAAAAUAAUGCAUUUUUUAACCAAUGCAAUAAUUUUGUACACUUUUUAAUAAUUUUAUAGUUGAAUUUUAUUAUUAUGGAUCAGAAACCAGAUUUAGAUCUGGUGAUAUCGGCAGUUUCAGCGUUGUACAAUAACCCUAACAGCAGUGAGAAGGAAAGGGCUUCUAAAUGGCUUUUGGAACUCCAAAAAUCCGUCCAUGCCUGGACUGUAGCAGACGAAUUAUUACAUUUAAAAAGGGACUUGGAAUCAUGUUACUUUGCUGCUCAAACUAUGAGGACGAAAAUCCACCAGUCUUUCCACGAACUUCCUCUAGAAGUGCACACGUCAUUAAGAGAUUCAUUACUUGAACAUAUUGGCCAAAUUAACGAAGCAACUAACACUGUUAUAGUGACACAAUUGUGUGUUGCUUUGGCAGAUUUAGCCCUACAAAUGCCAUCCUGGCAGAAUCCUACGUUAGACCUAAUCAAUAGAUUCUCCCAAACUAAUAUAUGGCCAUUGCUAGAAAUUUUGACUGUGUUACCUGAAGAAUUGGAAAGUAGAUCUGUCAGGCUAGGUGAAAACAGAAGAAUAGAUGUGUUAGAAGAGAUGAAAAUUUCUGCUCCAACAGUGAAUGAAUUUUUAAAACAUUGUUCUAAACUCUACGAAACUAAUUGGCAAGAGCAUGUUCAGUUCAAUGUAAAAGUAUUACGCUGCUUUACGUCCUGGAUCUCAGUAGGAGCUAUUAGUCUGAAUGAUCUUUCUGAUAGUAUUGUUAUUAACAGAGCAUUCGAGAUACUCAACUUCAAGCCUCAAAAUGAUAAACAUACCAUAUCAGCUGCCUUCCAUGAGGCUGCCACUGACUGCAUUUGUACUCUUUUACUAAGUCUUGAAAACAACAAUAACCAACUCGGUUUGGAAAAUUACCUCUUCAAUAAUAUUAUCAACCUAGAUGUACCUUAUCACCUUUCUGUUGCGAAUGAGGAUCAAGGAAAAUCUAUGGACUACUGUAGACUGUUUACAGAACUGGCAGAAUCAUUUUUAGAAAAAAUUAUAGCUAAUAGUAAUACAAAACAGAUGCACUAUGCUAUUAAAAUUUUAGAUCUAGUUUUAAUGUGUGUUGGACACCAUGACUAUGAGGUAGCAGAAAUCACUUUUAACCUUUGGUAUGUUUUAAGUGAAGAAUUAUACCAAAAAAAUAACAAAGAAAAGACAGAACUAUUCCGACCCUAUGUAGAACGAUUAAUAACAGCACUAUGUAGGCAUUGUCAAAUGGAGCCAGAUAGCGAAGGGUUGUUAGAAGAUGGAGAUGAAUUUAAAGAUUUUAGAUUGAAGGUAGCAGAAUUAAUACGAGAUGUAGUUUUCAUAGUGGGCAGUAGUGCCUGUUUCAAACAAAUGUUUAUUAAUAUACAAGGUCCAGGAGUUAUGUGGGAUUCCACCGAGGCAGCUCUGUUUGUAAUGCAAGCUGUUGCAAAAAACGUAAUACCUGGUGAAAGUGAAGUGGUACCUCAGGUCGUAGAAGCAAUAUUAAAUGUUCCAGAAAAUACACAUGUAGCCGUAAAAUACACGUCGGUGCUUUUGCUAGGAGAACUUUGUGAAUGGAUAGAGAGGCAUCCAAACACGCUGGAUCCAGUUUUGAACUUUUUAGUGUGUUGUUUGCCUCAACCUGGAGUAGGAGCUGCUGCGGCUGUGGCCCUUCAAAACAUCUGUGCCAGUUGUAACGAUCAUAUGCCAAGACACGUCCCAAUACUCUUACAGCUUCUUCACCAAGCUGAUUCCUUCGCCAUCACCAACACAGCAACCUUGGGUCUUCUGCGAGGAGUGGCUUCGAUAAUAGGUCGAAUGCCGCACGAGGAGUUGACGACGGCUUUACGGGAAUUAUGUUCUAUGCAGCUUAAUCCGAUAUGUCAAAUAAUAGAACAGGAUGUUCAUCCGGUGAAAGGAGCCCAAACGGAUCCAGUAAUGUGGCUAGAUAGACUUAGUGCGGUGCUUAGAUAUGUUAAUGUACAUAUUCCGGAAGAACCAAACUGUCGAGGUGCAGCUGCACAGGUCAAGCGUCGCCCGCGUCGUUCUAUACAAGUGGGUUUUAGCUCAGGUGUGGAAAACCCUUGUAAACCGGUAAUUCUCGAAGUGUGGCCGGUAUUGUCUCGCACGUUCGAUAAAUUCCAAAGUGACAUUAGGAUAAUGGAGAGAUGUUGUCGUGCCGUGCGUUUCAUGCUGCGGUGCGUCGCGCAAGAAGUGCGUGAACUCUUAGAAAGCCUAGUUGGACAAAUAGUGAGGAUCUAUACGUUAUACCAACAUUCGUGUUUUCUCUAUGUCGGUAGUAUACUCGUGGACGAAUACGCAAUAGAUCCGAUAUGCGUGCCAGGUCUGCUGGAUAUGCUGCAAGCGUUUCUGGAACCUACCUUCCACGUGUUGCAGGAGGAGAACGGGCUGAAGAAUCAUCCCGAUACAGUGGAUGACUUUUUUAGGUUGUGUGCAAGAUUUAUGCAGAGGGCGCCUUUAGCAUUUUUAAAAUGUUCUUCCUUGGUCCACAUCUUACAGUGUGCCCUUUUGGCUUCUUCCCUGGACCACCGAGAAGCGAAUAUGUCUGUGAUGAAAUUCUUUUACGAUUUGAUAAACCAGGGCCAGAGUGGGAGAGCUGAUCCCGAAUUCAAUCAACGACAGAUGUUAGUUAAAAGCAUCCUCGACGAGUAUGGCCAACAACUAGUCUCAAAUCUAAUCCAUUCUUGUGUCUUCUACCUCCAUUCCUACAUGCUCAGCGAAGUCGGCGACGUAUUCGUGCAGCUGCUCGAUUUCGACAGAGAGAUCACCUGCAAAUGGGUAGCGGCUGGUCUUGACGUGUUACCGAAGAACAGUACCGGCGGCAUCAUGGCCGCCACACCUCAACAGUUGACGGAUAUACAUACCACUAUUAGCAGGUCGAAUACUUCCAAGUCCGUAACACAUGCUCUCAAGGAUCUAGCCAGGUUAUACCGUUAACAUUAAGAAUAAAUGUCUUUUUUUGACAUAUGUGUAUUUGUGUAAUAUAAAUAAUUUUAUAUUGAACUUGUCAAGUGCUGCAUUAUGUAAUUGGUUGCAUGUGUAGCGAUGGAAAAGAAGAUAUUGUAUUUUUAUUGUCAUACGAUUUAAGAAUAAAAUAUUGUUAGUGUUCCCGUCGGAUUUAUUUAGCAUGCAACCAAUUCCAAUCAGAAAGAUCAAAACAAUUGACGUAAAAGUUGCAUCGCUAAAUAAAAAUAAAAGAACAACUUACUUUAA